GUUGGCCUUGCCAGCAGGAACCAUGUCUUGGCAUUUCCCCCUCUUCCUCGUGGUCACAGUGACUUUGCCCUCCGUGUGCCUCCAGUUUAAUCCUCAGCCUCUGGAGGAACUAGGCUCUGACAUAGGGAUCCAAGUUUUCCACCAGAUUGUCAAGUCCCGGCCUCAGGACAACAUCGUCAUCUCCCCCCAUGGGAUCGCGUCUGUGCUGGGGAUGCUGCAGCUGGGAGCCGAUGGCCGAACCAAGGCGCAGCUCACCUCCGUGAUGCGAUACGGCGUGAAAGGAGCUGGUAAAACGUUAAAGAAGAUCAACAAGGCCAUCGUCUCCAAGAAGAAUAAAGAUAUUGUGACGGUGGCUAAUGCAAUGUUUGUGAAGAAUGGCUCUAAAAUCGAAGUGCCUUUUAUUACCAGGAACAAAGACGUGUUUCAGUGCGAAGUCCGGAACGUGAACUUUAAGGAUCCAGCCUCCGCCUGUGAUUCCAUCAACGCGUGGGUUAAAAAUGAAACCAGGGGUAAGAUCGACAACCUGCUCUCCCCUGACCUGAUCGACGGCGUGCUCACCAGAAUGGUCCUGGUCAACGCCCUGUAUUUUAAGGGUUUGUGGAAAUCACGGUUUCGACCCGAGAACACAAAGAAACGUCCGUUUGUGGCAGCUGACGGGAAGUCCUACCAAGUGCCCAUGCUAGCCCAGCUCUCUCUGUUCCGGAGCGGGUCAGCAAGCACCCCCAAUGGCUUAUGGUACAACUUCAUUGAACUGCCCUACCACGGGGAGAGCAUCAGCAUGCUGAUCGCGCUGCCGAGCGAGAGCUCCACCCCACUCUCCGCCAUCAUCCCUCACAUCAGCACCAAGACCAUAGACAGCUGGACCAGCAUGAUGGUGCCCAAGAGGGUGCAGGUCGUCUUGCCCAAGUUCACAGCCACAGCGGAAAUGGAUCUGAAGGAGCCGCUGAAAGUUCUUGGCAUCACUGAGAUGUUUGACCCAUCAAAGGCAAAUUUUGCUAAAAUAACAAGGUCAGAAAACCUUCAUGUUUCUCACAUCUUGCAAAAAGCAAAAAUUGAAGUCAGUGAAGACGGAACCAAAGCUUCAGCAGUCACCACUGCGAUUCUAAUUGCAAGGUCAUCUCCUCCCUGGUUUAUAGUGGACAGACCUUUUCUAUUUUUCAUCCGACAUAAUCCUACAGGUGCCUUCUUAUUCAUGGGGCAGAUCAACAAACCCUGAAAGGUCCAACAGAAGAAGCCAUGCAAAGCAAACCCAACUUUGCUAUGAAGAGAAGACUCCUUGCCUACAUCUCUCAUAGUUCUGUUAAAUAUUUUUUUACAUUCCUUUCUUUUUCAAAACUAGUUCUUAGGAACAGAGACUCAAUGAUGUAAGCAUUUCUAUUCCAAGAUGUGUUACAGGUGGGAAAAGGGCAGGAUGGCUGGAACCCUGUACUGAGCAAUGACUAGAGGGCUUCCAAAUGUUUAAAAGAGUCUUUAAACUACUGAGUGGUUACCUAGGUAACAACCCUCUUGAGUAUUUACUGUCCAGUUCAGGAUUUUUGUUUUGUUUUGUUUAAUGUAUGGCUUUGCAGAAGACGUUGAAUCAGUGUGAUGGGGGGAAAAGACAUUUUAUCGUAGCUUUUACAUUUUUAUGAAAAAAAAUUAUUAUUGGCCUUUUAAAUUUUUUUUGGUCUCAUUCAAAGUCUUGAUAGUAAGCAUUAUUUGGGGAGUAGAAAUAGUGAAAUCUCUAGCCUCUUUGUGUUUUUGAUGUUGUUGUUGCUGUUGUUUUAUAUAAUGCACGUAUUCACUAAAAUAAAGUUUUAAAAACUAAUGUCUUGCUAGACAAGGUUUGCUGUUGUGCAGUGUGCCUGUCGCUACUGGUCUUCUGUACUCUUUGGAUUUGCAUUUUUGUAUUUUGUACAAAGUAAAAAUAAAGUGUAUGAGUAGUAAAAAAAAAAAAA